CUUGGUUGCUCGGUACUCGGUCAUUGGUGCUGUACUUGUACGACCGCACCCACGCGAUACGACUAUAUAGAUAAUACCAUUUACAUAUAUCUAAUGAAUUUUUUUUCUUUGUUCACCUGACAAUUUUAUGAAUAAAUUUAAUUAUUUACACCAGUUUAAUUUCAUCAAACCUAUUAACACAAUGGAUUUUGGUCACCUAAAAUAACCGAUAACAAAAAAAAAAAAAAAUUAACGGUUUGAUGACAGACAUAACCAAGAACGGUCAUGUCAUCCGUCAUCAAGUCCAUGAAAUAUAACUAUUCAAAUGAUGAAAUAUCACCAGAAAGUAUCGAUGUUUCGGAUGACGAUGACUUUAAUUUCAAGUAUGUGCCGUCAAAUCAAUUUAAAUAUAUCGUGAAAGACGUCAGAAGACAGAGAACAAAAAAUGAUGAGGAACGGGUUUGGACUUCUUUUGUGAAUCGGCAGGACCAGAAGCCGAAUUAUUACCAAGAAUGCUAUCAUGGAGUCGAUGCCAAGCAGCUGCUGCGUGAAAAUUUACAAGAGGUUGAUGAAGAGCUCAGAAAAUUUGAUGCAUAUUCGGAGCAAACUGAAAGAUUGACUGUGUGUACGAGUGAUUAUAAAAGAUCCGACUUGCCUUCAAGAGAAGAAAAAAAGUCAUUAAAAUUUGAUUAUCAAGUCGAAAAUGACGAUGAUAACGACUCGGAAAGCAGCAGUACAUUGCGAGCUGUACAAAAAGAAGAUGAGGAUGAGCUGAUUUACGAGCGGUCCCCGGUAUCUCAGCUAGACUUCAAAUCUAAAACGACAAAACUGCGUUACGAGCACACGAUAAGGCACCAUCAUGAACGACCAUGUACUUUUUACCGAGAUUGCAAUUGUCGUGAUUGUACUUCAACUCCUGAAUUGAUAUCCCAAAAUGGGAGUAAUCAAUAUUCCUCGCACGUAGUACGUAUAGAUCCAGUAGUAGCUCACAAAAUUUUAGGGGUUCAGACUAAAAUCUCGGAACUUCUGGAUGAAAUUUCAUACCGACUUUGCCGAAUACCCCAGCCGGAUGGUGAUAUUGAUUUAAAGCGACGUCAACAACGUGUCAUGGAGUUUGCAGUACGCUUUUCACGUAAUUAUUUGUAUGAGUUGAGACGUCAAAUGUCUGACGUGCAGAGACACGUACGAGUUAUGUCACCAAGCGCCAAACGACCUACUAAACGUGUGCUCUCACUCCAUAUGCAAGCGCUGGAACAAAAAUUAUGCUCAAUCCAUCAAUUAUUACUCAAUGCUUUAAGCGCUUACUGCAAGCAUAUACCGAGUUCUAUUUUGAAAGGACAUCCGGGAAAGCUCAAGGAAAUUCUACAAGUUGUUAUUGAUCUGAGAGACGUCUCCUCAAAAAUUAAUCUCACUGCUGAAUUAUUCGGUGCUGGCGAUACUGCUCCACUUCCUCUGGGAAAAGAUACGCAGAAAAGAUGCUACGCUAUUUUGUCAAAGCUCCGUUUGACUUCAGACCACGAAUCAGUUUACAAUCAUACUGCACCGACAAUGAUUGGUACUUCAGCGUCUGAAGCCAAGAGAAGAAAUCGCCUGGACAACCGUAAACAUAAUCAAAAUCGUUUCAGUAUGUACUGCGUUGAUUCUAAGUAUUCAAAAUGCCUGAGAAAUCGACGGCCUGUUACUGUUGGUGUGUGUCCAAGAACCACUGUUGGUAGAUUAAGACUUAAUAAUCCGGCGUCUGGGCCCAUAGAACCUCCACAUCCUAAUAUUGGGAUGCAAAAACCGAGACGCGAGGUCUUGAAACGAAACCGCGCUAGGACGAGAGCUUAUCAGAAGGAAGAUGAUAUCAGAACUGUGAUGGAAAUGAUGCCAACUGACUCGGAAAUUGGAAGUAACGGAAUGUUGUCGCAUAUUUGUCAUUCCUCAAUGGCAAAUGCUAAUAAAAUUCCAAAGAAAAAUGCAAAGCGACAGAGCGAUACCCACACUAAAUCGAGUAAACAUAAUGUUAAUUGUAAAAAAUCCACUGAAAUUGUUAUUAAAAAUAAACAAUUAUCUAGUUUAAUUCCAAUCAUCACGGAUUUAAUUUCUCUGGCAGCUAAAAAACAAAAAAACUCAUCAUUGAAGGAUGCUACCACGAUGGAAGCUCUUUUAGAGUUUCUUCACGAGUACUUGACCGAAAAAAUGAAGUCUAGUCGCAAGUCUUCAAUCACAUCUGAGUCUCUGGAAAGCGCGAGCAAAUCCUCGGAAACUCAGAGAACUUCGAAAACUCAGAGCUCUCGUGAGUUUGAAAGUAAUCGAGAGUUUGUAAACUCGGCUUUGAGCAACGAUAAAAAAUCUGGGUUAACUCAACUGAAAGUACCUCAAGACUCAGCAGAUCGGCUUCUCAAGUAUCGUGACGAGUAUCAGCGACUCUGCAGUUUAAGUCCCAUGUAUACGAGUAACAGCUUAAACAAACCCUGGGACGUUGUUUCGUGGAUAUCGGAUAAACUGAUUGAUGAGCUGAUAGUAGAAAUUUCCAAAGAACUCCAGAUGGAUGACCUCAUAAAAAAAUUAGUCGAUUUAGAAUUUCAAGACUUUUAGACCAAAUAAUUAUAAUUAUAAUAAAUAUUUAUUUUGAA